AUGUUCGCGCCGUCAUCAUUCAGAGUUACCAGAACACUGCUCACAUCUGUGCGUCUGCAAACAGCUUCCAUCAACCCCACCUCAACCACAAACCUCUACCGACCACUCUUCACCCCGCGUUUCUUCUCAAACACCGCAAAAAUGAGCGACAAAAAGGAGGGCGUCCACAACCUUACCACCAAGGCCGACUUUGAUGCCGCCAUGAACGACAAGGAUACCCUCAUGGUCCUUGACUGCUUCGCAACAUGGUGCGGCCCUUGUAAAGUGAUUGCUCCCCAGGUUGUCAAGUUUUCCAACGAAUACCCCACCGCGCGCUUCUACAAGCUCGACGUUGACGAGGUCCCCGACGUCGCCCAGGAACUCGGUAUCCGCGCUAUGCCCACCUUCCUUCUUUUCAAGGGCGGUGACAAGGUCGCCGAGGUUGUUGGUGCCAACCCCAAGGCUCUCGAGGCCGCCAUCAAGGCCAACCUCGAGUAA